AGACAGAAAUAAACCAAGCAGAACUUGGAGCGGAAAAUCGCGUCACGCGAAAUCGCGGUUCACGCAGAUCACGCUUUCUCCCGAAUGCACCCACAAUGCGGUUCACUCCCCCACUCGGCCAUGUUUUGAGGAGGGAGAGUCAACAAAAUGAAUAGAGGAAGAAAUGUUGGCCUUGUCUGGCUGCUAACUUGUCUUUUGCUCGGCAAACAGUGCUUGGCAGUCACUAAGCAAUGGCUACCCGACACUAAUUUUAAUAACCCUGCUAACUGGAAUAAGAGACGAGUACCUUGUGACGGCGAUAAUGUGCAACUUGCUAGGUCAAACAAGCCAUUGGCAGUGUCUUUAAGGAGAAGUCGCACUAUUAAGUCUCUGAGUUUGUCAAUGAAUGGAGAAGUCAUCUUCUAUGAUGGUGCUGAGCUAAGCUUCAGUGACACAGAUCAGGAUUUAAAUGCUUGCCAAGAUCCAGGAGACCUUCAUUUUCUGGCAUCUGUUCAAAACUGGUAUAACCCGUACAACUGGCAGGAAGUCGCACUCAAUAAACAGGCAUUGACACAACAGUUUGCAGAGACUAUCUGUAGCCACGUGACCUGUAAGAAGCCAGCAUGCUCAGAUCCUUUCAAACCUGAAGGAAGCUGUUGUCCCUUGUGUGGCAGUUUACUUAAACUGAGUCUAGGAAAAGACUUCAAAAUGGAUGAUUACAGAGCUCUGCUCUUCAAUGUCUCUCAGAACGAGUAUGAAGGAGUCACUGUUGUAACAUCCAAGACACAGGCUGGUUUUGUCCAAAUAGUGUUAACAGAUCAGGAAAAUGGUAUUUAACAUUGUCAGUAAUAUUCAUAAAUACUGGUAUAUCAUGCAUGCAUGUUUUACUGCCACUACUAUAUAGGCAUCAAAUUUAGAUUUAGAGAUUGAUCUAACUUAUAAAAUACUCACACUAUUAGUGGGUGACAAAUGAAAGCUGUGUUUAGAAGGUAGGGAAGGAGGAUAACCUCUUGCAAAUCUGUAAGUUCUGUAAGUAACUUAUGAAUCAACCCCAAUACUGUAAAAUAAAUCAGUGAAAAAGAAACUCAUCUUGUCAGAGAAGUUUUGUAACCCUCAUCUUGUAUCUAGAGUAGCCUCCAUGUUUCACUUACGCUGGAUUACUGGCUGCCGUUUGGUAAAAUGAGCCUGACGUGUACUUCUCUCCUCUCCUCUCCACCCUCAAAGUCAUUCUUUCUCGGAGAGCACCUUUAGGGACUGGACCUAAGAGAGCAGCACAAAUCAAGUUUCACUUCUUCAUCACAAUUUAGUAAAUUUGUCUUGUAUUCCAAAAUCAGUAACAAUUCAAGGGGAAAAUUGAAUGUUUGACCAGAUAAAUGACACAACUCGGCUGAAAAAUUCAAUUUUUGAAAAACUGCGGAUGAUUCCUACUAUCUUAUGUAUAUGUAUUACGUUUUCAAACUUGAUUAGAUACAGAAAUUUUCUUUGUCAAAUGUUGAACUUGUAACAAACUGAAUACAGUUGUCAAAGAAAGCUGAAAUUCCAUGGUUACAGUACCUCAUUGCUACCCAUUUCACGGCCUGGCCCAGUUUGGCCGCAUCCAUACUGUCAAAUCUUUUU